AUGGCGAGUGUUCCAGUGCCUGCAUCAGCAACGAGCGCUCCAUCUCCCGAGGCAGAGGACACAGUGGUUGAGAUGGCCCAGGACCACAAAGCUAAACCAGAGCCAGCCAAUCUGGUGUUUGGAACGGUCUUCACUGACCACAUGCUGACCAUUGAAUGGAGCAGUGAUGGAGGCUGGCAGAAACCACACAUUCGACCAUUUGACAACCUGUCCCUCCACCCUGCGUGCGCCGCCCUGCACUAUGCAGUGCAGCUGUUUGAGGGGAUGAAGGCAUAUCGUGGGGUGGAUGGUAAAGUGCGACUCUUCAGACCUAUGCUCAAUAUGAAGAGGAUGUUGAAGUCUGCUGAGAGAGCCUGUUUACCUCUUUUUGAUGGGGUUGAGUUGCUGGAGUGUAUCAGGAAGCUGGUGUCACUGGAUGAAGAUUGGGUGCCUCACUCAGACUCUGCCAGCCUGUACAUUCGCCCCACUUUCUUGGGCAUUGAGCCUUCACUGGGUGUGAAGAAGCCCUCGCGUGCACUGCUGUUUGUCAUCCUCACUCCAGUGGGUUCCUACUUCAGUACAGGGACUCAGCCUGUGUCACUGUGGGCUGAUGCUAAAUAUAUCCGUGCCUGGAGAGGGGGAACUGGAGACUGCAAGAUGGGAGGAAACUAUGGAGCUUCCAUUUAUGCCCAGUAUGAAGCAGUAGAGAAGGGGUGUCAGCAGGUCCUCUGGCUGUAUGGUGAUGACCAUCAGAUUACUGAGGUUGGGACCAUGAAUGUCUUUCUUUUCUGGAUCAACGAAAAUGGAGAGGAUGAGCUGGCGACACCACCUCUGGAUGGAAUCAUCCUACCUGGUAUCACACGCCAGAGCAUCUUGGACCUCACACGCAAAUGGGGGGAGUUUAAGGUUUCGGAGCGUUAUUUGACCAUGGCUGAGCUGUGCGGUGCUCUGAAGGAAGGGCGAGUUAAAGAGAUGUUUGGCUCAGGAACUGCCUGUGUGGUCAGCCCUGUAGGCAGGAUCCUCUACCAGGGAGAGAACCUAAUUAUUCCUAGUCAGGAAAAUGACACACGGAUAGCCUCAAGACUGCUGAAAGAGCUCUCAGACAUUCAGUACGGGCGAACACCAAGCGACUGGGCCUUCCUUGUGUAG